UCGUUAAACAUGUAAAGAAUUGCCACUAGCAUGGUCAACUCAAUGUUACAGCUAUAAUGGCGGACGCGGCUCUGGAUCUCUCUGCCAAGUCAACGGCGGUGACAAAUUCCGGUGACAGUGUCCGCCGUCCUUUCCCGUACGAUACCUCGCCGUCGCCUCGUACACCCCUCAAGAAAAGUUACAAAUUCGACGCCGACGACAACGACAGCGAUUCGUCGGCACCCAGGUCGUCCAGAAAGCCGGUGUCGGCACCCGUCACAAGCAGCAUACGCGAUUCGCCGUGUUCAGUCUCAAACACGAUUAAUGACAAAAAUGAUUCGCUUCCGUCAUCGCCAUCAACUCCUAGCUCCGCCGGCAGACCGUUCAAAUCCUAUGCAAUGGACUCAAUGGCUUCUGUGUUUUCGUCGCCAUCCGCAUCGCUGUUUGCGGCCUCCCCUAGCAGCGUCAUGGCGGGACUUCCGGCCGGUUUCGGCCUAUCUUCGCUGUAUGACGGCACGUCACCUUUUCCGUCCUUUCCCGUCACCCCAUUAACGUCUCAUCUCCUACAGCGGAAGCGGCGCGCCGAGAGCCGCUCUAGUAUCAGUUCCGCCAACGAUCCGAAUAGUGACGGGGAGGGGAAAAAGUUGACACACGUUCCUGAUGAAAAGAAGGAUGGCUGUUAUUGGGAACGCAGAAGAAAAAACAACGAGGCAGCUAAACGAUCUCGAGAUAAUAGAAGGCAAAAGGAAGAAGAAAUCGCGAUGCGAGCCGCGUUUUUGGAACAAGAAAAUUUGAAAUUACGUGCACAAGUGGCCAUACUAAAAAACGAAACUGCGAAACUCCAUUACAUGUUGUAUAACCGAAUAUGAUAGAAGACAGCAGAAAUAAACGCAUGAAUCUGUUGUAAUGAACGGAGAUUAAAUGUGUGUUUUCUUUAGUCUCUAUUGGAAUUCUAAAUGUGCUUAUCUCAGGUAGUAUAUAUGUGUUAUUGUUUAAUUGUUAUGUCCAUAUAUCAGAUUCAUAUUAUUGUGCGCGUUUAUUUGAUAAAUGCUCACCCAAAAUCCCAUUUUACAUAGUUGCGUUAAAAAAAGUAAUACACUGCUUUGAACAUGUUCUUAUGCUGAAACUUAAAUUAACUUUGAUGUUUACGAUAUUCUUUACGUUUUGUUAUUAUUGACUUAUACAACGAUAUAAAAUUUAGUAAAGUAAUAACGCAUUUGGGUGUUUCCAAUUUUUGUUCAACUGAUAUCAUGUUUCUUGUGCAAUUACUGGCAUUUCUCUGAGCAACUCUCGACCGUUCAAGUACAGUGUAUUGACUUUUUUUAAAUACAAAAAUCAAAUACUUUCAACUCUUCCAAGUUUCGUGAGUUUUUUUGAAAUAUUUUAGGGCGAGUGUUGGUGCAAAUAUGCGACGUAAACGGUCUGUAAACUCUUCUUGACAACGGAGACUUAAUAUGUAUGGUUAAAUUUUGUAUUUGAUUUUCUUAUCUAUUUUUGCUUUUUAAACUUGAAAAUAUCAAUAUUUUAACGUUAUAUAAUUUAUGUGAGAAAGAAGCUUUCACAAUAUUUUUUGUCAAUUUUCAAGUGUCUUUAAUAAAAAACUGAAUUUCGAUAGUAAUUUGAAAUCUAUUUGCCUUGUUACUUAAAAAAAAUGGAUAUCCUAACCCUCUUUUACACUUGAUGUCUUCAAAAUUUAUCAUUUCUACUGAAACAAUGGAGCACAUAAAUUAUAUGUGUGCUUUUAUUUUUAUCGUGGCACUGGCGUUGUAUUCAUUCAUACUUCUUUAUCUAGAAAUGCUGUUACUUUAAAUGGUAACACUUACAUAUGAAAAGCUAAAUCGUUAUUUAUUGUUUUAUUUUAUUUUUUCAAUAGUGCUCUGAAGAUAAUAUGAGUCGCGUUCUAAGAAAAGUGGGUUUAAUGCAUGUGCUUAAAGUGUCGUCCCAGAUUAGCCUGUGCUGUCCGCACAGGCUAAUCAUAGACGACACUUUCCGCUUUAUCCGUAUUUUCGUGUAGAAGAGACUUUCUUUAAACGAAAAAUACCAUUAAAGCGGAAAGUGUCGUCCCUGAUUAGCCCGUGCGGACUGCACAGGCUAAUCUGGGAUGACACUUUACGCACAUACAUUAAGCCCCGUUUUCUCAGAACGCGACUAAUAUUUAGUUUUGAUGACUGAAUUUUCUAUCGUAAAUAUGCAUUGUAUAAAGCAGUAAAAAUAUCAAACACACUCUUAUUUCCAGAAAAUGCUAUUUAAAUGCAUACAAGCUAUGCUAAUAUAGAUGCAGUCAUUUUGAAGUAGACAUAAAGUAAUUGAGUGAUAAACGGUGUCCAUUUUGUAAAAGAUAUCAAAAUCAAAGACAAUAUUGUAUUUGGAGAACAAAUUAUGUUAUGAUCGUUUUUUAAAUCUCCUUUAUGCAAAACAAAGGAAAAGUAAAGAACAAAAUUGUAUUCGGAUAAAAGAAAACAUUGUGAAUAUUAUACUACAAAUAUUACGUCAAAACUUUUUAAUACAUUAAAGGCCAUUAGAAUCAAAUGUAAAGUAUUGUUUGUCAUAGUCAGAAACUCUCAGGGAUUUACUGUUCAUUUCUGAGAAAAAUAUUAUUCACAUAUUCCUUUCGUGUCAUCAUACCAUAUUUUGCAUGCAUCAUAGUCAGCGAUAAAUUAUUUUACUUGUGUAUGUGUGUGAUUCAUAAGUGCUUUUUUGUUAGAAUCUCAUAUUUCUGUGCUAUAUAAUUGUCUUGUUCUGACAUGUAUGUAUUCAGAAAUUAUUAUUUAGACGAUGUACACAAAAGUGGGAACCAAUUUUUCGUUUUGUGUAUAUGGGAACAUUUCAGUCUGUCAAAGACUUUGGUAUUAACACAUACACAUUACUAAAAUUGUCAAAGUCUUCACUUUUCAGUGCUCCAGCUAGGAUUUUAAAAGGGCAGGGGGGGGGGGCUUUUUUUUCAAAAGGGCAUUUUGGACGCGCAGCAUUUUGUCAAAAGGGCACUUUCGAGCGCGCGGGCAUUUCUGGAAUGCUUCCUCUUGCAUGUUAAUUUAUAUGUUAUAAAUAAUUUUUAGAAUAUAAUAUAUAUUAUUAUUCCCAUAUUUAUUAAACAAUUCAAAUAUAAUGUCUACAAUGAGGAAUAAAUUAAUAUUGCAAUGUAGUGUAAUAAGAGAUUUAUAAAACAU